AGCAGGAGAGCAGGGAGAGCGACUGUCUCUCAUGUUUGACAUAAGGCGUCCCAUCAGUUAGUGCUUUUACGUGGGAAUAGAAAUCAAAGAAAGAAAAAGACAUUUCUGCUGUCAGAAUGGAACCCAAGAAGAAUGUUUUUACCAAACUGCGAGAUAGAACCAAGCAGUUUCAUGUGAAAAUAGGAAAGAAGGCCAAGAAGACUCCUCUAAAAUACAGAAGGAGUAUCUCAGUACCUGACAUGAGAUGUGAUCAGUCCGUGUCACCUAUGCUAAACAAUGUUGUUGAGCCUCUGGACUCUGACUCCGCCUCCUUCAUUGACCAAGAUGAAACAGAGAGUGAAACCUCUAGCUUGGCUUACUCUGAUAACCUUACCGUCACAGAUGGGCCAUUUUCAGCCAGGUCUAAAGACCUGUUCCUAGACGUAUCAUCCUCAACCAAGUCUGUAGACCAGCGCAGUCCUUCUGACACAGCAUCUUUAAACCAGCCCCUGGACCAACUCACUUCUCCAGACUCAGCAACUGACCAACUCACUGUCUCAUCCCCACCAUAUGCAGCCAAGCACCUUGACCAACUUACUGCCUUAUACUCACCAUAUGCAGCCAAGAUCCCUGACCAACUUACUGCCUCAUCCACACCAUCUGCAACUAAGGUUGUGGACCGAUUUACAUUCCCAGACAUACCAGCCUCAAAUAUGCUUUCUUCGUCUGAUGUCCUUUCAGCACCACAGAAACCACCUAUUAUGGCCAUCACCAACGAUAGACCUGAUAAGAGAACAGAAGAAGGGUGCAGAAAAACUACAUGGUACCUAGAAGACCCAGAUAAUGAGUCUGCUUGCAGCACACCAUCUGAGGAUCGCUCUACAAUUUGGUGUCAGGAGCUCACAACAGACUUUAUUACACCAGGAUCCACAGAAAUGUGCAUUACUGGAUCAGCUGAGGACCUGAAUGAUCCCAAUCAGGUUAUAAGUGAGAGCAGUGACUUUGACACCAUUGUCUCCAGAGGAGAAAAUAAGUCCCAGAAUGUCCAGUACCUCCUCAGCAUCAACUUAAAAGAAGGAAGGAACCUGGUCAUCAGAGACCGCUCUGGUACGAGUGACCCAUACGUCAAAUUCAGAUUAGAUGGCAAGACGAUAUACAAAAGCAAGGUUAUGUACAGGAACUUGAACCCUGUGUGGAAUGAGUCCUUCUCCUUUACUGUCAGGGACCUGGAGCAGACCAUUUUUGUUAAGGUGUAUGACCGUGACCUGAGAUCGCAUGACUUCAUGGGCUCGAGCUCUCUCGUUCCUAAUAAACUGGAGUUGGACAAAACAUGUGAGAUGAUCUUGCGUUUAGAAGAUGCUGGCAGUCCAGAGGAUGACAUGGGGGUUAUAAUCUUAGACGCCUGUCUAACCGUCUGUGAGGGGCCCACCAAACGAAAUAAGUGGCCAAUGAAGAGGAAAGGAAGCUUUAAUAAGGGUCAGCCACAGCAGGCGCGGGCAGCCAGCAUACAGAAGAGCCAGGUCUGGAGCGAACUGUACACAGUGGUGCUGGUAGAGGGUCAGGACAUGCCUGAGGGCGGCCAGGGUGACGUAUAUGUCCUUUUCAGCCUGGGUGACCAGAGGUUCCGCAGCAAGAAUCUGUGCAUAAAGGCCAGCCCACAGUGGAGGGAGAAGUUUGAUUUCAACCGUUUUGACGAUGGUCUACCAGACAUGCUGGUGGUAGAGGUGUUCUGCAAGAGGGGCCGAAAGCGUGAAGAAUGCUGGGGAACGUUGGAAUUUGACCUGUCGCAACUGCCUGUCAACCAGAAACAAUCAUACACACACAUUGUGGGUGCAGGCAAAGGCCGACUGGUUUUCUUGGUCACCCGUACCCCCUGCCCUGGAGCUUCUGUCUCUGACAUGGGAUCUGCUCCAUUAGACCAUCUGUCUACCUGUGAAGGGAUACUGAAGCAAUACAAUUUGAGGAGAACACUGAUGAAUGUACAGGAUGUCGGAUACCUCCAAGUCAAGGUUUUGAGGGCCACAGACCUUUCCUCCACAGAUCUGAAUGGUAAGAGUGACCCAUUUUGUGUGCUGGAGCUUGGAAACUGCAGGCUACAAUCUCAGACCAUCUACAAAACCCUCAAUCCAGAAUGGAAAACAGCCUUUACAUUUCCAAUUAAGGAUAUCCAUGAUGUCUUGGAGCUGACUGUUUUUGGUGAAGAUGGGGACAAAUCGCGGGACUUUCUGGGAAAAGUUGCUAUUCCUUUGCUGACAGUUUCCAAUGGACAGCAGAUAACCAGACAUUUGAAAAAAGAGGAUUUGGCAGGGACAUCCAAAGGAAGCAUCACUCUGGAGAUGAGCAUUUUCUACAACCCGGUCAGAGCUGCCAUCAGAACCUUCAAGCCUAAAGUAAAGAAGUUUGUGGAGGACAGCCCGAAGUUCAAUAAAAAGCUGUUAGCGCGCAACAUUUACCGUGUAAGGAGGAUCAGCAUAGCUGUUCUGUAUACACUGCAGUACAUUAAAAGCUGCUUUCAGUGGGAGAGCACUCAGAGGAGCAUCACCGCCUUCCUGAUCUUUGUAGGGACGGUGUGGCACUUUGAGCUGUUCAUGCUGCCUCUCUUCUUUCUCCUGCUGAUUGGCUGGAACUACUUCCACAUCCCCCCGGGCGCAGGCAGUCACAGUCAGGACCUGGAGAGCAUGUCUGUGGCAGAGGACGAAGAUGAGGAUGAAAAGGAAUCAGAGAAAAGAGGACUGAUGGAAAAAAUCCAUAUGGUUCAAGAAAUUGUGCUCACCGUCCAGAACAUUCUAGAAGAAGUAGCAUGCAUAGGAGAAAGAGUAAAGAACACUUUCAACUGGUCGGUGCCUUUCUUGUCAUUCCUGGCCUGUGUGGUUCUGUUCACAGCUACUGCUGCACUGUACUACAUCCCUUUACGCUAUAUUGUCUUAUUAUGGGGUGUUAAAAAAUUUGCCAAGAAGCUCCUCAACCCACAUGCCAUUGACAAUAACGAAGUACUGGAUUUCCUCAAGAGGGUACCUUCUGAUGUUCAGAAGGUGCAGUACGCAGAGUUGAGAACGGCUGGCAUCCAGAGUGCGCAGAAGAAGAAGCGUUAGUGUUCUAAAGGAAAAGGCUGUGGUGAAAUUGGUGCUCUCCAGUUCAGUUCAGGCUAUCCCCCACUCACCUUCCAGGGCAGGCUCUCAUAUAUACUCCUUGUGGUGUGGCUGCUGCCAGCCUCUCUUAUGCCACUGUGUGUGUGUGUGUGACUGCAUGUGUCUUUUUAAGAAUUAUUUUUAAGAGUAUAGUGGAAUGUAUUUACAGAAAGCCACUUCUACCAAGCAAUACUACUAUAAGUGUGUAUAUUAAGUAUUUUACAAGGCUUCUAAUGUGCUCAGCCCAUCUGCAUUUCUAUUUUAUAAUAAUUGGGAAUUGGGAAAGCAUUUUUUAGUCAUUCAGCAAAAAAGAUUAGUCCUCAAAGCACGACAGACAUGCUAAAGUAUAUUAGAAUCUAGACUGGACAGAUUGUACAUAGAGGGCAGAAAAUAUUGUUUAAGUUUAAAUGCAUGGAAGAUGUGAUACACAUCCUAGGUUGCCUGCAUAUUAUGAAAUGCUGAAACACUUUCACAUGUGAGUUCAAUUUAUUAUAUAUGCCAAUGUAAAUAUGACUUUAAGGAUAAACUUUAUACUUAAACUAUAUGGUUCAUAUGAUUUUACAAUACUUCAAUCUGUAUUUUUCAACCUUUUGUAUACUGUGAAAAGAUGAAACAUAAAAAAAUGUUAGCACUAACUAAU